AUGCGGUCAGAUGCGGAGACAUCUCAUUCCUGCGCGUUGGCUCCGCUAUCUCAUGAACAUGGACACCACAAUGGCCAUUACUCCUGGGGCACCAGUCCCAUCAAACGCUUAUUCGCCCUCCUGCCAGACGGCCUCCAAGAAGAAAUACUACCCCCUCGAGCAUCCCCAACAGACACCCAAGCAGUUCACGGAAUCAUAAUGCCCUAUACCACAAGCCUCCUGAAAACCUUCGACCCCAGCGCCUGGGCCUCAGAUUUCGAGCAACGGCAAAGGCUUGUGUCACGGAAUAAGGAGCUGUAUGCCGUGACCUCCCGCCCGACGACCAACGGCAGGCCCACCGCUACGGGCCUGAGCACUGCAUCUAGUCUACCAGCCUUUCAAAAACACGAACAGAGCCAGGACCGUGUCCCUUUGCGCGACCGAGAAGGCAUCGACGCUGCCGACUACGACUGGGAUGCCACCGAAGCCAAGAUCGUAGCCGCCAUCACGAAGAGCUGGAAAGCGAAUCCCGCUAGUCCCAUGACCAACGUGCCCGCCGGACGUUCUGCCCAAAUCCGCUCGCUUUCGUGUGCUUUUACCAGCGACUCAGACUCUGAGACUAGCCGCAGGAACUCCGUGGGGCCGGCCGAGUAUCGCGAUUGGGAUUUGUCUGCAAGUCUCCUGAGGGAUUCGACGUUGACUUUCGGGGAGGGCUUGGAGGAGAGACCGGUGCAAUGCCGGAAGUUGGCUGAUUUGCUGAAGCUGAGAGCACUGUUUUUGCUGGCGUAUUUGAUGAUUGGGCCCGAUUCUUCGGAUGUGUAUCUGGCGGAUGGUAGUGAGGUUGAGAUGCCGAUUAGAUGA